AUGGCCGCACAUCGGAGUUGGCUUCUAGUGAGCUUCUUUCUCCUUGAGGUUCUUCUCUUGGAAGCUGCAAAAAUCCUGACUAUAUCUACACUGAGUGGAAGCCAUUAUAUAGUGAUGAACCGUGUGUCGGAAAUUCUUCAUGGUGGUGGCCACAAUGUGACCAAACUUCUUUAUGGAACGACUCAUUUACCAGGUUUUGGAAAGGAAAAACCACCAUACCGGGUUAUAAAUUGGUAUCUCCCUGAAGAUCAGCAAAAGAAAAUUGAUAAUAAUCUGCUUCUCCUUUCGGAAGAAUUAGCUUUGGGCAGGUUCGAACAUCACACCAUUGUAAAGAUUCAUCGGCACUUUGGGGACUUGUGCAAUCACUUAUUAAGCAGAAAGGACAUCAUGGAAUUCUUAAAAAAUGCGAACUUUGACCUAGUACUUUUUGAGUCAAUAGACUAUUGUUCUUCACUGAUUGUUGAAAAGCUUGGGAAACAAUUCGUGUUAUUUCUUGCCUUUCAACUUGGCUUUAUGGACUUCGAGUUACAAAGAGUCCCCUUGUCCUAUGUUCCAGUGUAUGGUUCUGGUCUAACUGACCGAAUGGACUUCUGGGGCCGAGUGAAGAACUUCCUGAUGUUCUUUGAUUUAUCCAGGAAGCAAAGGGAAAUACUUUCUCAAUAUGACAGUACCAUCCAGGAGCAUUUUGCAGAAGGCUCUCGGCCAGUUUUGUCUGACCUUUUACUGAAAGCUGAGCUGUGGUUUGUUAACUGUGACUUUGCCUUUGAAUUUGCUCGUCCUCUGUUUCCCAAUAUUGUCUAUGUGGGAGGCUUACUGGACAAACCUGUUCAGCCAAUACCCCAAGACUUGGAGAAUUUUAUCACUCUGUUUGGAGACUCAGGUUUUGUCCUUGUGGCCCUGGGCACCAUAGCGAUCAAGUUUCAGACCAAGGAAAUUAUUAAGGAGAUGAACAACGCCUUUGCUCACCUCCCUCAGGGGGUGAUAUGGGCAUGUAAGGACUCUCAUUGGCCUAAAGAUGUCACAUUGGCCCCAAAUGUCAAAAUCAUGGAUUGGCUUCCACAAACUGACCUUCUGGCUCACCCUAGCAUUCGUCUGUUUGUCACCCAUGGGGGAAUGAACAGUGUAAAUGAGGCCAUCCAGCACGGCGUACCCAUGGUGGGGAUUCCAUUUUUCUUUGACCAACCCGAAAACAUGAUCCGAGUAGAAGCAAAGACCAUUGGUGUUUCUAUUCAGAUACAGACGCUCAAGGCAGAGACGUUUGCGCGCACAAUGAAAGAAGUCAUAGAAGACAAGAGGUACAAGUCUGCAGCAAUGGCCUCCAAGAUUAUCAGGCACUCCCACCCACUGACCCCUUCCCAGAGACUUGUGGGCUGGAUAGAUCACAUUUUGCAGACAGGGGGUGCAGCACAUCUCAAGCCCUAUGCCUUCCAGCAGCCAUGGCAUGAGCAGUAUCUGCUGGAUGUAUUCCUCUUUCUGCUAGGGCUCACUCUGGGCACCGUGUGGCUUUGUGUAAAGAUUCUUGGUGCUGUGAUCAGGUAUCUGAGUGGAGCGAGGAAGGUAAAGCAGACAUAA